AUGACUGUCAACUCAACUCUAAUUAGGGUUACUUCAGGCACGAAGCGAAAUAACUUCACAACUGCAAGAGGAAUCGUAAAUAUGUGGACACGUUUCCUUUAAGAUUCCCCCCUCCCGGUUUGACAAUAAUUGUAGCGGGUGUGACGUUUUCAACAUCUCGUCCGCUAAGGAAAAUAUGCUGUUCUACGCCUUCUAAUCCGGAGAAUUUCAACCUGGUAAUGAAAUUGUAACCAAAGAGGACGGCUAUGAAUUCAUAAACUCAAUGGAAGUGUUCCCGUCAUUUCAACAUCCACCCAAAAAGAACAACAGGACGUCUCGACAGGAACGUCUGGGUUUUGACAGCUUUCGACCGAAGUAGCAAGUUAUCAUUGCCCUGACCCUAAACCGCGAGGCAGUUUGUGGACCAACAGCAAGCCUACCCAUCUCGCCCUUUCCUGGCCAGGGCUAAUCGCCAAACAGUGACAGGACUCUGUGUCGACUGCUGCCCAGAUGCCCGGUGGAGGAUGCCUUCGCAACAGCUAGACAUGGAGGUGAUGACCCCCCUCAUCGAGAACCCUGGAGGAGUAGGGCAGGAGGAGGAGAACUCUGAAGAGGACCAGGAUCCAGAGCUGCUGCCUGUCAGACACUAUGAGCUGGGAAACAGCCACCAGGGCAUCACGUUUACUCAGGCUCUCAUCCACCUGCUGAAGGGGAACAUUGGAACUGGGUUGCUGGGUCUUCCCCUGGCAGUACGCAACGCAGGGGUCAUAGUGGGGCCUCUUUGCCUGGUGCUGAUGGGUGUGGUUUGUGUUCACUGUAUGCACAUCCUGGUUAACUGUAGCCACCACCUGUGUGAGAGGGUUCUUCCUCUAGAGAACCAGAUGAAGGAACCGAAGCGGUUCCCCACGGCUCUGAACAUCGGGAUGGGUAUCACCAUCGUCCUCUACGUUGUCUUGGCAACGCUGGGCUACCUCCACUUUGGUGACGACAUCAAAGGAAGCAUAACCCUUAACCUUCCUCACAAUGCUUGGACCAAUCAGAUGGUGAAGAUCCUGUACUCCUUUGGCGUGUUUGUCAGCUUUGCCAUCCAGUUCUUCGUCCCGGCAGAGAUCAUGAUUCCCCCGGUCCAAGCGAGGCUAAGGAAGAGCUGGAGGGCACCCUGUGAGAUGAUCCUCAGAGGCCUGCUCGUCUGCCUGACCUUCUCCUUUGCUGUGCUGAUCCCUCGUCUGGACCUGGUCAUCUCCCUGGUGGGUGCUGUGUCCAGCAGUGCCCUGGCCCUGGUCUUCCCCCCCCUGGUGGAGCUCAUCACCUUCUCAGACCGCCCGCUGAAGCCAGCCAUGUUGGUCAAGGACCUUGUCAUAGCUGUGGUGGGCUUCAUAGGGUUCCUGGCUGGGACCUAUGUCACCCUGGCCGAGAUCGUCUCCCCAGAGGAGCCUCCGGAGGUCAUCAGGGAGGCAGCUCAGAACCUGACUGUUGCUGCUGCUACUGCUGUGGCUGGGGCCUUGGGGAUGUCUGAGGAACUAGCUGGGAACUGGACCACACCUACUGCUGCUGUGACCUUGGGAUGACCUUAAAAUGACCUGUAUUCAUAGCUCCUAGGGCAGCAGGAGAUUAAAUAACGAGCAGACAAUGUGUUUACUUACAGAUUGUUUUUCAUAUGGUUGCUGGUUCCAUGUUUUGUCAAAUCUAUAGAAAAUGAAAUGGACAGCAUUGUCCCUGACAACGAUCUGACAGGAAUGCUCGAGUGUCCUUCCGCACAGUGUAGUCAUUGGAACAUGAAAAAGUAGAACCAAACACAAAUCAUAGAAACAUAGGAAAGACACUGUACUGUACACAGCCCUAACCACAUAGAACCCUUUCAUAUGGAUGUAAUGGACUGCACAGACAUAAGAACAACAUUUGUGGCACACACACAAGCGUAAACAUCCCCAGCUAGCUUAUCCCACUCAUCACCAGUUCAGCACGUUGCCCCGCAGUGAUCAGAGUUCUCUCUCCAUCUCCAGCUGAGCAGUGUGACAUUUCCACUGCCUCUUCUCUAUCAGAGGGGAACAUCUCAUCAAAAACGAAAUCAUGAAUGUAUGAUGUAGCAGGGAAACAAGAGUCCUUCCAUAUGCAGGUCCCACAGAACAUCAUCUGAAACCAGAUUCUCCUUGUAUUGUUGGUGAUUCGGUAACCUCUGAUAUGGUUUUUCAACCCUAGGGGAGUGGGGCCUGUAGCCGCUAUCAAUUCUUAUGAUAAAUGUUCCCUCCUAGCUGCUCGACUCCCUUUGGGCUGCUGCGCAGAUGAAAUAUCAGCCCACGCAGAGAAGCACGAGAUUGAACUUCACUCAACUUUCUACAGUUUUCCUCUUUAGUUAACACCAUCAACGUUUUACACUACUGUGGGAAUUUUGCUCGAAUCAACGCAAUAUUAGCCACUUUCAAUGUAACAUACCGAAACAAAACGAGCUAUGCAAGAUUUAGUAUGCAAAACUAACUGUGCAAGAGAUUUUCUUUUAGGCAGAGCGCAUUGGAAUAGGAUUCUAUAGAAUUGACAUGAAUAACUCAGGCCCAUACGCUACACAGACCGGUGCACCAUAACCAAUCAGAGCUGCAGAAGGCCUAUAUGAAAUAGCCAUUGCCAUAUAUGAAUCUUUGCCAUUCAGUUUGAACUGGACAGCAUGAGCAGUAUUAAGUAGAUGUUUUUGUUUUGAGAUCAAAGCGAGAACUGCAUGUAGCCACCUUUGCACAUUUGUUCAUAUUCUUUGAUAGUUAGCGAGUUAUUAGCACAUUUUUAGUCAACAAUCAGGGAGUGGUUGCUUCCUACAUGAACACAAAAUGCAUUUCUAGUCAUCUUUGAAAAGCAAGUCAAGUAAAGAGCUUUUUUUUGUCUUAAAGGGGAAGUGUUGUAUUUUGAGAUGGUUUUGAAUAAGCUAAAUAACCAGUAGGCAGAGGUUAGGGAAUAAUGGGAAUAAUAAUCGAUUGUAUUUUGUAAAGUGGUUUCUUGCAUCAAACAACACAACAUUUUCAGUCAUCUUGCAUGUUUAAAAAAAAAAGUCUCAUGCAAUGUACAUUGAGCACCACACAUUGGCUGUGACUUGGCUGAAUGAUAGAACAGUUAUUUCCCUGUUAAAAUGUUAUGGGAUGCAUUUUUCUCCAUUGUUUUGAUGGUAGGCCACUCUGGUAGACCUCCAGUAGGAUCAAACAGCCACUGUAGCCAACUUGGCCACUGUUAAAGGUGUAACUGAAAAUGGGUACAGCUUCAGUGUUCACAGUAAACUCGCGCAGGAAAUUGCACAGAAUUUUCACAAUGUUCAAGUUUGCGCUCAGCAGACCUGAAAUUUGCUCAGUGUCGGAAGGGAACAUUGAUUAUGAUCGACAACAACCUUUGAAAUUCAGAUCUGCUGUUACGUUCCUCAAUUCUGGCUUCAACUUUGACUCAUCUGCCCUGGGCUCUUUGUGUACUUCCGACCCAAUCUUCUGGCUACCCAAGUGAAAACACAGGUGAAAACGAGGCAGGAGAGCGUGCGUCCUGGUGAGACUCAGGCGACGGGAAAACCGGCCUUGCAGCUUGUCUUCUGGUUUAGUGUCUGUAGGAGCUAUACAGAUAGGAACACUAUCGAAAACCAAGAGACUCGGAGCCUUGCCCCUUCAUUCCCUGCCCCAUUUUGUAGACUUUUUUUGACUCCCCAAGGUCGAGCUCUACAGACACGUAUGAAUAACAUUAACAUACACUUUCUCAUAGACAAAUCAAUCAAGGCUCUUUGACAUGUAAAUUGUGAAGUUUAGAUAACAUUAUAGAUGCCUGCUGUUGGCAACUAAGAUGUGUUUUUGGCUACCUGUCUACUGGGGCUAUAUUUAACCAGGACUCAACCAAGACUCAAUUAUCAAAGACCUUCCAGGCUGCUCCCUGUGGCAGUAUCUUCCAACACAGCAAUAUGAUGUAUAUUUAUUUAUAGAUAUAGGAGAAAAUAAUGUUUAACACUGAAAUGUCUGUCUGUUCAAUAAUGAUACAGUAGAACUCAGCAAUGUCAGGAAGGAAGCCUUAACUGAUGAGAGGGAACCCACUGGGCAAAAACUGGUGAAAUCAAUGUUGUUUCCAUGUCAUUUCAACAACAAAAAUUCAAUGUGAAUGUUGAUGUUGAACUGACAUCUGUGCCCAGUGGGAAGGCUGUGAUUGGCUUCCUCUAUGAGUUUGACAAUGAAAAGACCCACAUCAUUCCAUAUCCAUUGGUUUGUUAGUAUAUUUACCAGAGUGAGUGGUUGGUUCUGUCAGUGUAUCAUAUGAUCACUAUAUCCUCUAUUCCAUUUCACUGCCUCUCAACCGACCAUUCUACAUGAUCAUGUCAGAGCUUUAGGUGUCCAAUUUGUCCCUCAGGAUUUUCUAAAGUCGUCUAUGGUAAUGAUAUUGUUCCGUCCAUUUAAUCAGUAAUCAAUACAGGUCAUAUGCAGCAUCCGCACACUAGUGAAUUUAUGGUGCAAUAAAGUAACUACUACCUGGUAAUAACUCAACCUCCGCUUACCGUCCAACAACCUCUGUCUGACGCUGCUACAUUAUAAAACCUUUAAUGCUCAA